CCUCCUCGCAGGGAGCGAAGCGGGGGGGCCGGGAAACCCUCACCCACACCGGCCUCCUGAGGAGAAGCACGGCAGGGGCGCUUUAACAGUGGGCUGGGUGCGGCGGGGCCCGCGGGGCAAAAGUAUAAAGCGUGAGGAGCGAGGCGAGCCCGCUGGGUACCGUCUCUCGUCUCGGAGGAGCAGGCGGGGCUGUCCCGUUCUCCUCAGGCUCCCGCCCUGCCCCGGGCCCGCAGCACGGAGGGGGCGGGGAGGCAGCGGUUGGUGAGGGCGGGUAGUUCAAACCCGAGCGAGGGAAAGCGGCGGCGGCCGCACGCGAGGGGCCGGUGUGGGUGGGGAGAGGCGAAGCGGCUCCUCGCCGGGGGCAACGGGCCCAGGGUCGGGCGGCGAGAGCUGCUAGGGCGGCACCGGCCUCGCUCCUCCAGCCUGCCCUCAGCCCCGCUCGGGGGGCCCCGCUGCCGCCUCAGCCGCACCCCGUGGAAGGGCGGCCUCCAGGCUCUGCUCCUGUGCCCAGCGACUUCCCAGAUGAGGGGGUGAAGCGGUUGCUUUGCUCGCGUCCGGCAUCCCAGGUGGAUGAGAGACCCUCGGGUGCUGGUCCCUGGGUUAUCAGUAGGGGCAAGCAAUUCUAAUACAGCACAUUUACUGUGGAAGAUCUUGAGUUGCUUCACAAAUUAGGUCCCCCUCCAGCUUUCUUGCAGGCCCCCAUUAGGUACCAGAAGGCCACAACAAGGUUUACCUGGAGCCUUCACUUCUCUGGGCUGAACAACUCCAACACUCUCAGCCAGCUUUCACAGCAAAGCCUGCUGCCUGAAAAUUAAUUUUCUAAAAGUCUGGAAGCCUGUGGACUUUUGUUAGAUGUGUGAUUAGUUUGACUGUGACUGUGUUUAAGGAAAAUAUUAAUAUUUUUAAAGGAACAACACUGGUAUCUUCUUUUACAAAGCCGAAGUGUCAAGCAGAAGAUGUCAGACAGUCAUUCAAUGAAGUUCAAUAUUCUUAAAAGAAAUAGAUUAACAUCUCCCAGCAGCAAUUUUAAAUACUCAAAUUUUAAAGACAUAUGUUGCACUUCAGCAUUUCUGGACAGCAGAUACAACGAGUCAGUAAAAGAUCUUGAUGCAGAACAUAAAGAAGCACCAAGUGUAACAAGUAUUUCAUUGCUACAAGGGCAUUCUGAGCACAUUCAUCCAAAUGCCUUCAUUCCCGUGUCAUCAUCUAUCGAAAAAGAACUGAAUUCUAUCUCAAUAUCAGAAGAAAGAGAAGCAACUGGAAGUGCAGAUGUUUUUGAAAGUCCUAAAUCCAGUAGAAAAAGCUCUUCGCUACGCAGGAGACUGCUUUUACCCAAGGCUGUUGAAGCUGGCACCACUGUAGAAAGCUGUGAAAGGCAAGCUAGUUCUUCAGGAAGCAUCAGGAAAAAAAAAUUCUCUUGUGUUUUGAACUCUGAAGAAAAACUUCCAAAAACUACUGCAGAUUCUUCAAAAGAUAAAAGUUACAAAAAUCUGACAACUAGCACUUCAAAACCUGAGGGCUCUAAUCCUCGUUUUCCAAAACUGAGAAUUUCCUUUUCACAGCAAAGGACUUCUACAGUAGAUGAGUCCCAGUGUAAGGACCCCUUAUUGCUAGAAUCGGAAAGUUUAUCUCCAAUUCAGUGUAAGGAUGUAAUUGUUAGUAAUGCUAAUGAAUUCAAUGGAAGUGUUCUUAUGAGAGUUGGUGAUGGGGUGCUUAGGACUCUUACUUACAACGAGGCCAAUGAGAGUAAAUUCCUGACUUCUAUCAACAGUCCUGUAGAGAACUUGAAUUUUGGACUAUGUGAUAUUAACUCUUCCCCUGUUAAGGUGGUAAAUUACCCAGAUCUUUCAACACCUGAGGAUAGUGGAUAUAAUUCACUUCCUUUGGACAAAUCAGGAGACUCACUGUCUGAUCAUGAGGGAUCUUUCCAAGAGCUCUUCCAAAAGCACAGAGAAGAUUCCAAAAUUCUAGAUAAUAAAAGAAAGACAAGAAAACUUGAACGAGUUAGAAGGUUAUCCACUCUUCAGGAACAGGGUUCACAGUCAGAGACAGAAGAUAAUCAUGGCAGUCCUACUUCAAUGCAUAUAUUAACAGAAGAAAGAAAUUUUGUCAGGGAAGAUCAUGAAUUAGUUCUAAAAGAACAACCUAAUGGAGACCUGGUUGUAAGUCAUGGAGAUCUCUCAAGAACUCCAGCUCUGAAAAUAGUUCAUGAAAUUUGCUUGCAAAGACAAAGAUCGGACCAAAAGCAAAUAUCAGAGAAUAUUGAUGGAACAGAAAUAUUUGCAUUAGAUCAUGUCCUUCCCGGACUUAUUGGCAAGAAAAUGGGCCUUGAAAAAUUAGAUAUUUUAACAGAAUUAAAAGACAGAAAUUUAAAACAUGUUCUUGCUAUAGUUUUAGAUGCUUUGACAGUGGAAAGUCUAUGCAGCAUUUGGAAAGUAAGCAAAAACUGGCGUGAAAUUGUUGUACAAGAUAAAAGGGCAGAUAAGAGGAGAAAGUUGUACAUAAAACAGCAGAAAGAAGAAGCUGGGGAAUAUUUAUUGAAGGCUGAAGAUGCUGCCACAAGGCUUAAUAUUCUCAAUAGAUCUGCUCUAAGGCCUGUUCAAGCUCAAGCCAGAACUCCUGUACUACAAACACCACCUUCAUACACUGAAAUUACACCCAGUAACACUAGUUACUCAGCUAGUAGACAGGAAGAAUACCUGAAAGUUGCUAAAACUCUGUUCACUGACGAAGCUCUAAAACCCUGUCCAAGAUGUCAAUAUCCUGCUAAAUAUCAACUGGUAAAGAAUCGGGGACUGUGUAGCAGAGAGGCAUGUGCAUUCGAGUUCUGUAUUUUAUGUCUGCAUGCAUUCCAUGGCUCAAAAGAAUGUAACAGUUUAUCUGCAAAACGGAAGAACAAAAAAGAUGCUCCUCCAGGAAGUGCCCAAAGCAAAAGAAAUUUAAAAAGACUCUAAAUUUGUAAGGCAUGCAACUCCUUACAUUUAAUUCCUCUUCCCCUUCUCAUAAAUUCCUAAUCUUGUUCCUCUUCAUAUAUUUCAUUGCUUUAUAUUUCAUAUAAAGAUAUGCAUUUUGAAAGUCUCAUUCAAUUUGUUCUUGCUGAUUUACCAAGGUAACUUCUCGUGUAUAUAUCUUAAUCAAUGUAGUAUAUUUUUAUUUUUUAAAAAAAUAAGCAUUUAAAAGUAUUUUAUCUUCUUUUACUUGUUGAGUAGUAGCUAGGCACUUACUAACAUCUUAAUUUUUAAAUAAAUAUUUAUAUGUAGUCUGUAUUAUUUAGCUUACAACACCUCUUAAAUGUUGAAAAAUGUGAUUCUUGUCUUAAAGACAAAUUAAAGAAAAUUAUUUCUAAAA